UGAAACAAGGAGGAUCUAAAGCUGCAUAGCUGGAAUCAUAUGAAGUCAUGACAGUUAUAUUACUGUGACUACACCCCUUACAAGUAUAAAAGGCCAUUGUCAGUGCUACAGGAAUAGGUGAUUGAACAUUACUGAGAAAAAAUACUCUGUAGAUCAGCUGUGUGAGAAGAUCCAUCAUGUCUCAUCAUUCCAUCCACGCAUCUACUGGACACAAGCACUUCAGCUCCUGUUCUGUGGCUUUACCUAAGCACUCCAGCUCAAACCACAUCUUCUCACACUCUACUAAACAUACAGGUCAUGGUCACAAGGCCCAGCACUGCUUUAGCAGUAAGAGUGCCCACAAUAUUGGAUCAAAAGGACAUAAGAUAUCAGUGGGAAGUUUUCAUGGAAAAAGUGGACAUGGAUCUGGAUUUGGUAUUGGCGGCUCCAGUCAUGGUUUUGGAGGACAAUCUGGUUCUGGAGGAAUCACCAAUGUUACUGUCAACCAGGGUCUCCUGACUCCUCUCAACUUGGACAGUGACCCAAACAUCCAGAGAAUGAGGACAGAAGAGAAGGAUCAGAUCAAAGGUCUCAACAACAAGUUUGCCUCCUUCAUUGACAAGGUGAGGUUCCUAGAACAGCAAAACAAAAUGUUGGAGACCAAGUGGGCUCUUCUACAAGACCAGAAAAUAGCCAGGUGUCAGAUAGAACCUCUGUUUGAGGCUUUUAUCAGCAACCUCAGGAGACAGCUGGAGAACCUGGAGUGUGAGAGGGCUCGUCUGGAUGCAGAACGGAACAGCAUGGAGGGGACUGUAGAAGAAAUGAAGAGAAGAUAUGAAGAAGAGGUCAACAGAAGAACAGCUGCAGAAAAUGAAUUUGUAUCUCUGAAGAGAGAUGUUGAUGCUGCUUUCAUCAACAAAGCUGAGCUGCAGGCUAAGGCUGACUCCCUGACGGAUGAAAUCAACUUCCUAAGGACGCUGUAUGAUGCGGAAAUUGGUCAACUCCAAGCCCAGAUCUCUGACACCUCGGUGGUUGUGUCCAUGGAUAACAGCCGAGAUCUAGACAUGGACGGCAUCAUCUCUGAGGUCAGAGCUCAAUAUGAGGACAUUGCUAGCAGGAGCAGAGCUGAGGCUGAGGCUAUGUACCAGUCAAGAUUUGAGGACUUGCGCAUGGCUGCCGGGAGAAAUGGUAAUGAUCUGCAGAACAGCAAAAACGAGAUUGCUGAGCUCAACCGAGCAAUCCAGAGACUUAAAGGAGAGAUUGAGUGCGCUAAAUCCCAGCGGGCUGCGCUGGAAGCUGCUAUAAGUGAGGCUGAAGAACGUGGAGAAGCGGCUGUCCGAGAUGCCAAGAACAAACUGGCCGAGCUGGAGGCUGCUCUACAGAAAGCCAAGCAGGACAUGGCUCGCCAAAUGAGGGAUUACCAGGAACUGAUGAAUGUCAAACUGGCUCUGGAUAUAGAGAUUGCCACAUAUAAGAAAAUGCUGGAAGGAGAAGAGUCCAGACUGGCUUCAGACGGACCUGUCAAUGUCUCUGUCCUGCAUUCAAGCACUGGAGGUAAACCCCAUUCAGGAGGAUCCAGCUAUGGAGGGCAUCACCACCAUUCAGGAGGAUCCAGCCAUGGAGGGCAUCACCACCAUUCAGGAGGAUCCAGCCAUGGAGGUCAUCACCACAAUUCAGGAGGGUCCAGCUAUGGAGGCCAUAAUCACCAAUCAGGAGGAUCCAGCCAUGGAACUCCUCACCACCAUAAGGGAGGAUUCAGUUCAAGCAGCUACAUUUCCAAAGCUAAGCACCCCUCUGGCCACGGUCAUCACUGCUGAAGGCUGUCAUUACAGCGCCAGCAAUAGCUAAGCCAUAGCAAAUGAUAACAAGGCAUAUAUAUUGAAAGCUUAAUGUAUGUGUUGCUUUAUUGCUAGCAGUGAUGAUUUUGUGCGCAAACAAAUGUAAACCUUUAAAAAAUUCUGUGCAAAAAAUGCUAAUUUGUAUUCAAUACAGUUGAGUUCUGGAGGUCUGCUUAGAUAAAGUUAUUCACUUCACUUCCACUUUAAACACAACAAAUGAAUGCAAACAUUCCAUGUUAUUAUUAAAAAUAAAACAAAUUUGCUGAUAUUGUAAGUCCACAAAAUAUAGUAAACACUUCUAAUGUAUCCCAAUACUUUGCAUGAGGAUCUUGGUACAGUAUUGUAUGCUGAGAUUUGUAUGUCCAAUGCAUUUGGUGUCCCCAGUAUCUCCUGAAUUGGACUUUGGUAAAUAACCACUUUAAAAAAUAAUGCAGACACUGCUUUUUCCGCUUUUUUUUAAAGGGCUGUAGGGCUUGAUAAAUAGGCUCCGUAGUGCCUUGGCUGAAGAAGAGUUUGCAACAUCAGCAAAAUGAGUUACCAUUUGUCUUGUUUACGGCUAACAAAUGUUCCAGUAAUGUACUCAACAUCUAUAGUGCUGGCUAACAAGAUAGCACAUUCCAAAUGUGUGAAUUUAGAGGUUUGUACCCAAUGACAAACAUGGCCUAGAUGAAGGGGCCUAUAUGUCCAAGGACCCUGCAAUGUCAGUAGAAUUGGCCUCCCAGUAAGAGUGACAAUUUAUAUUCAAUAUUGUUAUUGCUAUUAUUUGGCUACAAAGUUACUGUAUGCCACAGUUAAUCUUAAAACUGCCAGUUAUAGUAUUGCUUGCCCUUAUUCUUCCUAAUUAUUAUACACAAGUUAAACAAAAACAAGUUAAAGUGUUUUAUCAUCUUAGGAUCAAAGUUCCUGCCUAGCAAAGUCUACCAGUCUUACUGUACAUGUAUACCGUAGGUACAAUGGGACAAUCAGUGCACCCAGGACACUCUAGGACAACUUAUGGGGCCUGAAGGCUGCAGGAACAGCUUGAUGUAUCAGCUAUAUGUCCUUUUCCUGCACUUGAUGUGAAGUCUCUCGGAGUGUGCUUAGCCAUACACCACUUGGAUUAAUACAAAUACACUCUUUACGUUCAUUUAUCUAAACUCCGUGAUAUUUAGAGCAAUCUUAGGACACAAAAUAGGAAAUGUGCAUGAUUGAAUGGCACCGGGUUUGAUGCAGUCUUGUGUGAUAGGUUUGAUGUUCAGGUGGAGGAGGUGGAAGGGUUCUGAGAAUAUUGGAUUUGUAAUGUGAUAGAUAAAUAUUUCUCAAUUAUGCAACAUAAUAUACAUCUGUAUAAAGUGAAGCAUAUGCAAAUAUAGAUAGAACAUUGUUCUUGUAGAGUUGGUCAAAGUCUAUUGUUGGGAUUACUUGUACCUUAACAAAUAUUUGAAAAUACCGUACUACAAUAGUGAAAUAUUAUUGCUUCUGUAUAUCAAAGUUAACUUUCAGAUUAGGUUAAUAUUCUCCAUUCUAUCUAGCUAACAAUAAGCUUUCAGUGACUGUAUCAUGUGCAGUUGUUCUCCAAAGCAACCUACAGUAUGCUGGCAUUGAAUGAAUUACAGUAAAGUGUAUAACUAUAAGAGCUUAGGGGCAUGAUCUAGUGGCAAGGGAUAUGUAUGAUAUUAUUGUGAUGAUGAAUGAAUGAUGGAUCCAUAAAGGACUAAAAUAUGACAAAGAACAGAAAAGAGAUUUCAAACAAAGGGGCAGAUGUAUUAAGCCUGGAG